GACAAGAACAUCACACGCUCGUCCUGCACCACCCCCAGCUUGGGACUCGAAGGACUAGGGUGUGCUGAAGGUGGCACGGCAGGCCCAGAAGGGGCCAGGGGGACUGGGUCUCCUCCCCUCCGCGGCUGCCCCUCUGUCCUGGGGUGGGGGGCUGAUUGGCUCCCCCGCCCCGCCCCCAGCCCAGUGCCAAGCUUCCCAGCUGCUGACUCAGGCCAUGCCGGCCAGCUCAGCAUUCCUGCCUGGCCCCCACUGAAUGAGGCUAUUGAAAGUCUCUGUAGCCACAAACCACGCCCCCAACCAGAGCCUUCGGCUGCCCCGUGGCUCUGCUGUCAGGGGACGGCCUAGGCCUGGGCCAGUGGGAGAGGGCUCUGGCGGCCAGUGACUGACGGUCUGGGGGUGUCUGGGACCAAGGACGAUCCUGGCCAGGACCUGGCCACCAGCCUGGCUGCAGGGGCCGUUUUUCAGGUAUGGGGGAGGGCCGGGUGCCAUGAAGCCAGUGCAGGUCGCCACCCUUCUGUGGAUGCUGCCGCUGGUGCUCGGGCUGGGGGCCGCCCGGAUGGGGUCCCCAGAAGAGGACUCCUUCUACUAUGGAACCUUCCCUUUUGGCUUCUCCUGGGGCGUGGGCAGUUCUGCCUACCAGACGGAGGGCGCCUGGGACCAGGACGGGAAAGGGCCCAGCAUCUGGGACGCCUUCACGCACAGUGGGAAGGGGAAGGUGCUCGGGAAUGAGACGGCAGAUGUGGCCUGUGAUGGGUACCACAAGGUCCAGGAGGACAUCACACUUCUGAGGGAACUGCACGUCAGCCACUACCGAUUCUCCCUGUCUUGGCCCCGGCUCCUGCCCACAGGCAUCCGAGCCGAGAAGGUGAACAAGAAGGGAAUGAAAUUCUACAGCGAUCUCAUCGAUGCCCUUCUGAGCAGCAACGUCACCCCCAUCGUGACCUUGCACCACUGGGAUCUGCCUCAGCUGCUCCAGGUCAAAUACGGCGGGUGGCAGAAUGUGAGCAUGGCCAACUACUUCAGAGACUAUGCCAACUUGUGCUUUGAGGCCUUUGGGGACCGCGUGAAGCACUGGAUCACAUUCAGUGAUCCUCGGGCAAUGGCAGAAAAAGGCUAUGAGACUGGCCACCACGCGCCGGGCCUGAAGCUCCGUGGCACCGGCCUGUACAAGACAGCACACCACAUCAUUAAGGCCCACGCCCAAGCCUGGCAUUCUUAUAACACCACAUGGCGCAGCAAGCAGCAAGGUCUGGUGGGAAUUUCACUGAACUGUGACUGGGGGGAACCUCUGGACAUCAGUAACCCCAAGGACAUAGAGGCGGCUGAGAGAUAUCUACAGUUCUGUCUGGGCUGGUUUGCCAACCCCAUUUAUGCCGGUGACUACCCCCAAGUCAUGAAGGACUAUAUUGGAAGAAAGAGUGCGGAGCAAGGCCUGGAGAUGUCGAGGUUACCAGUGUUCUCACUCCAGGAGAAGAGCUACAUUAAAGGCACAUCUGACUUCUUGGGAUUAGGUCAUUUUACUACUCGGUACAUCACGGAAAGGAACUACCCCUCCCGCCAGGGCCCCAGCUACCAGAACGAUCGUGACUUGAUAGAACUGGUUGACCCAGACUGGCCAAAUCUGGGGUCUACAUGGCUGUAUGCUGUGCCAUGGGGAUUCAGGAGGCUCCUCAACUUUGCUCAGACUCAAUAUGGCAAUCCUCCCAUAUAUGUGAUGGAAAAUGGAGCAUCUCAGAAAUUCCACUGUACUCAAUUAUGUGAUGAGUGGAGAAUUCAAUACCUUAAAGGAUACAUAAAUGAAAUGCUAAAAGCUAUAAAAGAUGGUGCUAAUAUAAAGGGGUAUACUUCCUGGUCUCUGUUGGAUAAGUUUGAAUGGGAGAAAGGAUACUCAGAUAGAUAUGGAUUCUACUACGUUGAAUUUAACGACAGAAAUAAGCCUCGCUAUCCAAAGGCUUCGGUUCAAUAUUACAAGAAGAUUAUCAUUGCCAGUGGGUUUCCCAAUCCAAGAGAGGUGGAAAGUUGGCACCAGAAAGCUUUGGAAACUUGCUCUAUCAACAAUCAGAUGCUUGCUGCAGAGCCCUUGCUACGUCACAUGCAAAUGGUUACGGAGGUCGUGGUACCUACUGUCUGCUCCCUCUGCAUUCUCAUCGCUGCUGUUCUGCUAAUGCUCCUUAUGAGGAGGCAGAGCUGAGACAGGAUUACCAAUUUCGGAGCUUCAUAAGAGAAUCUUCAGGAUCUUCGUCCCUUUUCUCCUUUCAGGGUUUACAUAUAUUUCUGUUUUCAGGUUCUACAAUAAUUACCUUUUCUUCUCUUUGUCUUUUUGGCUUGUGCUGGGAUUUAAGAAUUAGAAAAUAAAAAUAAGCAGAAAUUAAAAAAAAAUCACUUGUAAUCUCACCCCUCCUAAAGUUAAUGUUAACUUUUUACUGUAUAUAAUGAAUGUAUAUUAUGAAUUAUUUACAAAAAUGGGGUCAUAGUAUACAAACUAUUGUGACUUGACAGUUUAUCACUCUAAAAUCUGUCCAAAAAUAUUACUUUAAUAUUCAAAGGACUGCCAUCUCAGCACCAUCCUAUACCUGAUAGAUGAAAUCAGUCUGGUCAGGUGCAGUGGCUCAUGCCUGUAAUCCCAGCACUUUGGGAGGCUGAGACGGGUGAAUCACUUGAGGCCAGAAGUUCGAGACCAACCUGGCCAACAUGGUUGAACCCUGUCUGUACUAAAAAUACAAAAACUAAGCAUGGUGGUGGGUGCCUGUAAUCCCAGCUACUCGGGAAGCUGAGGCAGGAGAAUCACUUGGGAGGUGAAGAUUGCAGUGAGCUGAGAUCACGCCACUGCACUCCAGCCUGAGCAACAGAGAAGACUCCGUCUUAAAAGAGAAAAGAAAUCCAUAGGUAACGAUCCUUCCAGGUUGUAAAUAUUAUUAGCCACGCACAGAAAAGUGUGAGGUGGGUAUCAAGUAAAUGAGCACAUACACUCUUCUGACACAAAUGCUGACUAAAUUCAACUUGCUUUAUUCCAUGAAAUACCUCAAAGAAAUAUAUGUUUACUUAUUAUCUUCUAGGUAACUCAGUAUCUUGUUUUUUAUAAUAAAGAUUCAUUUUACUCUUAACUGUUAAAAUGCUAAAAUUAAUUGAUUUCCAUUUAUUUUGGGGAUAAAACAUGGCUUAAGAACAACCUUUGCAAAUCAACAGGAAGUAAAAAAAAAUCGCAUGCAUUUUACUUAUUUGAUUUUACUAAAUACUGUUUCUGAAACUGAAAAAGACAGUAGAAAAUGUCAUUCCAUUAAUUCUUUUGGUUAAUAUGAUCUCAAAACAUUUUAAGAACAGUAUUUACAUCUGGGGCUAGUCCUGUGAUUGGGCUGGAAUAAAACUGCUUGUAACAAAACUUUGCUCUUAACGACAAAUCGAUAUUCCUGUUCAGGGUUUUCUCUUCCAUGGUUUCAAAAUCAAACGCACUUUCUACUACAUAUACAGAUUUUUAAUGCAAAGAUAUUACCACUCAAUUUUUUUUUAUCUCUGGUUUUAGGAUGAAACUGACCUAUUCAGUUGACUACAAAAGGUAGAAAAGAGCUGCACUGCUCAGCAGCAACUGGUAAGUCUUUUAUAUGAUUACUCAUAAUCCUCAUUCCUACUGUGUGAAUCAACAUUGAUGUAGAAAGAACUAGACGUAAGGUACUUAAUUACAAAGUAGCUGACAAAGAGGCUAAAGGUGAACAUAAAUACCUUGCAG